AGCUCAGCUUGGCCCCUCCUACCUUGGUGGAGGCAGUGAAUACUGCUGCUGGUGCUCUUAGCAACGGUGCCUCGGCAACAGAGCCACGGCAACGGAGCACCACGGCAACGGAGUGCUGUGUCUCCCCUUAUGGAGCUUCCAUUGGGCGGGCCGGCGCUGAGGCACUACACCCGCAGCAGACCUAGACCACACCGACAAAACCAACACCUCCGCCCCAGCAGACCACAGGUACAGAGAGAUGGAAAAAAAGGGGUGCUGUGUAGAGGCAUAAUGGAAUCGGUGGUUGACAAUGAAAAUGGAGUCCCUGAUCACAUGGGGCGAGUUGAUGAGGGAGUUGAGGAGUUCUUUACUAAGCGAGUCCUUCCUGUCGACACCCUGAAAACACAGAAUGAGGCUGGGGAACCUCCCAUUACUGAACAGGAAGUGGAAGUAGCACCUACUAGUGCCGCCCCUUGCCCCGCCCCUUCCAGAACCCUAAGGAGGAAGCUGGGCGAGUUCUUCACCCUUAAAAAGCGGAGGGCUGUGAAAUCAGAGGGAAGCCAAGAAGGGAAGGCCAAGAAGACCUCCAUCGCCGACCUAAUCCGGCCUCUCAGGGAGGCCGCCAGAGCUGAAAAAGAUAAAGUAAAGGAGAAUGAAAAAGUGAAGGAGAAGGAGAGUGUGGAUGACAGCGUUGUGACAGGAGAUCCAGUGGAAGCAGAAACCCCUUCUUCUGAUGGUCCCACUCCACUGAGGGGUGAGGCUCCACCCCGUCGUGCGCUAAGAGAGGGGAAGUCACAGUCUCUAAUUCUGCUCUCUGGAUCUGCAGCCAACGCUGGGAACACCAAGAACACUGCACAAGGGAAGUUUCAGAAACACUCGUCUGACAGCCAUCAUGGCUUUGAGCAGCGCCUCCAGCUCAUGCUACAACGUAUUGGCGUGUCCAAAGCUCAGCCAGGAGAGACACAGAGUCAGGAGAGAGAGAUGAAAAAAGCUGAAUCAGAGGGCACUAUCAUCGAUAAUAAACCUGAGCCCCCACCCACAUUUAUGAAGCCCAGGACCAUGUCCACCUCAUCAGAUACGAGACGUCCGGUCCGACAGAGUGUUUCCGCACAUGAGUCAGCUGGGAAACCUGCUCUGCCUCCUAAGCCAAUAAUUAAGCGAGGCCCAACCCCACCUCCCACUAUCUCUGGUCAUCUCACCCCUGAGAAUGACCUAGCCCAAAUACAGGAAGGAGAAGCGUGUUCCCCCACAGACCCCACCCCUAGUAUCACUGAUACCCCUACCAGUUCUAAACCUAUCCCCACUGACACCAUCCUUCCCUCCCCUGUCCCAGAUCCCACUAACUCUUCCAUCCCCGUUUCUACCACCGCUACUUUCUCUAAUUCAACCCCCAAUGACAUCAUCCCCUCUACAAUGUCUGCACUCGUCCCUAUCAAUACUACAGCCCCCACCCCCAACACCACCCCCUUCAUCCCCAGUACUAACCCUGCCACAACCACUACCAUUACCUCCAUCACAACUACAUCUGGCCCUAUGAAUAUUACAACUUCCACCCCCCCUACUGACAUGAACUCUGGCUCUAUCCCCACUAUUACCCACACCCCAAUUCCCCCUACCUCCACUGACUCCACCACCCCAACCACCUCUGCGUCUUCCAUCCCUAAUCUAGCCACCAUCACCAUUACAAGCAUUACUGCCCCAACACCUGUUAACACUAAUAGUGAUACCCAUACAUCAACAACCCCCACCACUAAUGCUUCGACCCCUACCUUUACUGAUACUGCUGCCUCAACUUCUACUGACUUGACAACUCCAACAAUAAAUACUUCCAUCUCCAUAAUUGCUUCUGCUGCCAACAACACUUCUACUCCCACCCCCACUAACUCUCUGUGUCCCACCCCCACUAACUCUCUGUGUCCCACCCCCACUACCCUAAUUACUAAUCCAGUUACCCCACCUUCAUCUCCUGCUGCUACUAUAACAACCUCUACCCUUAAUUCUAUGAAUGGUGCUUCCACUCCCAUCGUUACCUCCAUAAACUCUACUGACUCCAACGCUACCCAAACCGGAACUAACAAUACCAGCGCAACUAACUCUGUCAACUUCACUUCUACCUUAAGUCCCACUAACUCUACUAGUCCUAUCCCUACUUCCUCUACCAGCUCAACUUCCAUUAACUGUGCUGCUCACACUGCUACUAUCCCUAGCAGUCCGAUUCCCAUUCUCUCUACUAAUCACUCCCCCACUGUCACUUCUAUCCCCACUGCCACUCACUCAACUAACUCCACCAAUAUUUCCUCCCCCACAUUCUCUUCUACUCACACCACUACUAACACUACUAGUCCCAUCCCAACUAACUCUACUAGCCUGACCACUACCCCCACCCCCAUGUACUCUAGCCCCAUCACCGCUAUCUCUGCAAGCCCUUCUAAUAUCACCACUAUCUCUACAAGCCCUUCUAAUAUCACCACGGCCACUAACUCUUCUGUCCUCAUCAGUACCCCUAGCCCCACUAACUCUACUACCAGCACCCCCACUAACCCUUCAAAUCCCACCAACACCACUAAACCUACUAACUCUACUACACAAGCCACUAUCUCAAUCCCCACUAAUUAUGUUACUCAUUGUCCCAAAAACUCUUCUACUCAUAGCCCCACUAACUCUUCCAGUCCAACCCCCACUAACUCUACUAGCCAAACACCAACUAAUACUAUUCAACCAUCACCUGAGGAGAGAAUUAGCCCUAAUCCUGCAAUGGGACUGCUGUCCAUGUCUAAAGGUACAAAUGACCUGAAUGCUGAGAGGGUAGAGAGGAACAAGGAGACAGAGAAGGAGAAAUGUAGCAAGGAAGAAGAUGUCAGGAGGGCCACAGAGAAAGAAAAAGAACAGGAAUCAUUGGCGAACUACAUAGGCAAAACCAUAAAAGAGGAGAAGGAGGGGGGUCUGCAGAAGGUGGAUGGGAUCAUGAGGCAGGGAGUAGAAGGGACCAAAUCAAAUGAGGGUAGAGAGCUGUGUCAAAAUGAUUGGGAUAAAAAGAGGGAAGGAGGGACUAAUGGGUCAGAUGAAAAAGAGUUCAAAACUAAGGAGGUGGUAGAGAGCAAGUCAAACAAGGGACCAACUACUGUGAUAGAGGCAGGGGAGGCCACAGUAAAAGAAACGGGGGAGAGUCCAUGGGACUGAGUACAGGGACCACAUCACAGCAGCAAACCGCAGAGGGUGGAACAUCGGACCAAAGAACUGAGACCCCCUCUGUGUUACACAAAUGGACUGACCCAGCAACGUGUCCUUUUUUUCUCGACCAUGUUUACAUUUGCAUUGCACGUAUUGUAUGAUUAUGUAAUACAUCAACUGUGGUGAAAUAUGUUUACAAUAGAUGGAUAUGAGACAUAUAGUUACUUAUGAUUAUUAAAAUGAAUAUUCAUAAUGUCA